AUGAGCGAAUUCCAUUACGGGCUCAAGGACAAGUUCCUCACCAAGGAGGAACUCCACGAGUUCAGUUUCCUCACAACUGUACUGGCCUGGACGAAUCCUCUUGAGAAGAAGGCCACGGUCAGUACGAAUACUACCGAUUCCGGGCAUUCAAACAACAAGCUAUACCCGUUCGCAGAGAAGCUUACCAACUUGUUGGUCCGUGAUGUGGAAGUUGUCGCCGUGACAGCAUCAGACGCAGGAGAGAUUCUGUUCCAAACAGUGUGCGAUGACAGCGGCGUAUUGCUCACAGAAGAUGAUACUGCCUCUGAAGCGGAAGAAGAGAGCGAGCCAGGUCCUGCAGCAGCUAUUGGGUAUGUGCAGAGCCUCUGCAAUGAACAGCGAAGCAAGACGUUGAACGAGCAAGAGCAUCACCCUGCCCUACAAGUCCAUAUUCCAUUGACUACUGCCGAUGAUAUGGGAGACUCAAUCGGCUGUUGGUUGCUUUCCAAGACAGAGAGACAUCUGGAAGGAGUGACGCAUCCCCGGACAACUGUCAGUUUCUCUCAGCAUGCAGCCAAUCUCGUGCACUUAAUCAAGGCAACCUACGAACAAACAUCAAAGGGUACAACUGUAUUGGCCAGAGACCAGUUACGUAACUACGUGCUCUUGACCUCGAACGCCAAGAUAGCUUCGCGCAUCCAGAAAGGCAGCAAAGACCGCAACUUUUACGACUAUCUAAGCAAGCCUGGCGGUGACCUUGAUAACUUCAUGCUGCAGGAAGGUUACCACUUCAGGUCAUUGCUUCUGGGUGACGCCCGCGAUGUUCUCGACUCAAACUUUACCGAAAUCCAGCGGAAAGUGAUCGUUGCAACGAUCGGGUUUCUGGAACGUCGGUCAUCAGCCAAUGCAGACAGACUGCCCUGCCGUACUCAAGAGGCACUGGAAAAUACCCGAAAAAUCAUCAAACCACUCACCCAGUUCAAGGACCUCCUGAACACCGGCGAAUCGACUGUCUACAACCAACAUACUGCUAGUCUUUUGCAGGACAUUCUUAGUGCUGUGCUCGACAAUCUAGUUGCCUGCUUCGAGUGGCUCGCAGCUGCACUACGAAACGCACAAUUGUACAAGAGCAGCAAUUACGACGCACUUCCAGGAAGUCCCGCAAGCGACGAAAUUGCACUCGCAGGUCACUAUUUCGAUCAUCUUUCGAAACAAGCAGGUCUCUGGCUUGAUGUUUUGACACAGUUCAAGAAGGCGCUCCGCAAGUACUUGUAUACAAACCUAGGGCUUUUGAGAAAGGUUCACAUGAUAAAGAAUGCAAUGAAGACCAGCGACAUUGCUCAAGAUACCGAAGGCCUCCCUGGAUCCUCGACCUCACUUGAAAAGCAACAAAGGAUCGACCCCGAGUUCGAGCAGCUCGACUCUCUUGCCGAGUGA